AUGGUCGUUACACGUUUUAAAAAGUUUUCCCAUGUACAUCCUUUGAUAACUACAGCAGUCGUUUUAUGGAUCUGCGUAAUUAUCUAUUUGAGUUUCAAUUUCUUCAAUUUGGAAAGUGGUGAUCAGCAAAGUUUAGCUUGUCCAAACUUACUGGAUGUAAUUACUGGUUUAAAAUCGCAAGUCGAUGUUGGGUCGGUAAAUUUAAGGAUGUUUCUUACGUCGUAUAAUGAUAAAAACAAAAAAGAAAAUACUAUUGUAGAAAGAGUUGGGAUACAUGGUAUGUCAUAUGAAAUCUUACGUCGUCGUGCUUUGCAGUAUGCUCGUGAAAUCAAGUAUAAUCUUGUUCAACUUGAUAAUGUGAAUAUGAAAAUAAAAACUAUUAAAAACUACUCUUUAAUCGAACCGUUAAAAGAAGCGCAAGUCUCACUGGAGCGAUUAAAAAGUCAGUUACAAGAUAUUUCAUUACACUUACACGUUGAUAUUGAUGGGAUUGGACGAGUUGACGGUGUGUUGGAAUCACGAAUGAAUUAUCUGGAAUAUUUAUCAAAUGAACUUCAAAGUGAAUUAUUCCAAUUGCAGAAUCCCUCAAGUUGUACAAAAGCUAAAUAUGUGGUUGCCUCGUUUAAUAGACAUUGUGCAUUCGGUUGUAAUGCCCAUCAUUUAAUGUAUUGUUUCCAAAUGGCCUAUGCAACUGGGCGUACAUUAAUCUUGAAUCCUACUGAUGGGGAGGAAUACACACACUGGUGGAUAAAACACUUUUUGCCAUUAUCUCAGAAAUGCAGUAUAAAUGAUAUUCAAUCAAAUAUCCAUUCUGAUUGUUUUAAAAAGUUUUCCCAUGUACAUCCUUUGAUAACUACAGCAGUCGUUUUAUGGAUCUGCGUAAUUAUCUAUUUGAGUUUCAAUUUCUUCAAUUUGGAAAGUGGUGAUCAGCAAAGUUUAGCUUGUCCAAACUUACUGGAUGUAAUUACUGGUUUAAAAUCGCAAGUCGAUGUUGGGUCGGUAAAUUUAAGGAUGUUUCUUACGUCGUAUAAUGAUAAAAACAAAAAAGAAAAUACUAUUGUAGAAAGAGUUGGGAUACAUGGUAUGUCAUAUGAAAUCUUACGUCGUCGUGCUUUGCAGUAUGCUCGUGAAAUCAAGUAUAAUCUUGUUCAACUUGAUAAUGUGAAUAUGAAAAUAAAAACUAUUAAAAACUACUCUUUAAUCGAACCGUUAAAAGAAGCGCAAGUCUCACUGGAGCGAUUAAAAAGUCAGUUACAAGAUAUUUCAUUACACUUACACGUUGAUAUUGAUGGGAUUGGACGAGUUGACGGUGUGUUGGAAUCACGAAUGAAUUAUCUGGAAUAUUUAUCAAAUGAACUUCAAAGUGAAUUAUUCCAAUUGCAGAAUCCCUCAAGUUGUACAAAAGCUAAAUAUGUGGUUGCCUCGUUUAAUAGACAUUGUGCAUUCGGUUGUAAUGCCCAUCAUUUAAUGUAUUGUUUCCAAAUGGCCUAUGCAACUGGGCGUACAUUAAUCUUGAAUCCUACUGAUGGGGAGGAAUACACACACUGGUGGAUAAAACACUUUUUGCCAUUAUCUCAGAAAUGCAGUAUAAAUGAUAUUCAAUCAAAUAUCCAUUCUGAUUUUUUUUCUGGAAAGGCGUUUAAUACCUAUCAAGCAAUUACGUGUCCGCACAUAGGCACAAUAAGCUCUUCAUUUGAUUGGAUCCCUCAAGCUGUUCCCAGUCAUUUGAGCAAAUUACUUACGCGUUUACAUGGUGCUCCAUUUGUGUGGUUCAUUGGUCAGUUGGGUAAAUUUUUAAUGCGUCCAUCGUUUAACUUCACUGAAGAAUUUAAAAUAUUCGAAAAUCAACAUGAGAAUCCAGUUGUUGGUAUUCAUGUCCGACGUACGGAUAAAAUAAAUACUGAAGCGAGUUUUCAUAGUUUAGAAGAAUAUAUGACUGAAGUUGAGAGCUAUUUCCAAUUCAUAGAUGCCAAACGUCAAAUGAUGUCUAGAACUGAAGAGUGGAAAAAUGACAUCAAAUCACCGUUUCGUCAUAAUGUAUAUCACCAAUUGAAACCAGUACAACGACGUGUAUAUAUAGCUACAGACGACCCUAGUGUAUUUGAUGAAGCUAAAUCAAAGUAUCCCAGCUAUAUAUUUUAUGGUAGUCGUGCACGUGCUAAUUCAGCUUCUCUCUUAACACGAAAAAAUGAAGAUUCGAUUAUGGGUGUGGUAACUGACGUGUUCGCUUUAUCAAAAACGAAUUAUUUAGUUUGCACUUUUUCUUCACGGGUUUGUCGAUUAGCUUACGAAUUGAUGCAGUCUAAUCAUUUAGAAUUAGGUGAUGCAAGUCAACAAUUUCGUUCAUUGGAUGAUAUAUAUUACUUCGCUGGACAUCAAGCCUCACCAUAUGAAGUAUUAAUAUCAAGCAAAGAACAGGAUUUAUCUCCUGGUGAUUUAGUCCACUACCAUGGUAACCAUUGGGAUGGUUACGCAAAGGUUGAAAAAUUGAAUACUAAUCGUAAAGUAAUGGCACCAGCAUUUAAAUUCUCUUCAAGAUUAUUAACUGCUCCUAUGAUCGGUGCACAUGGAAAUCGGUCCGAAUUUAUUAUUGAUUAUAAAUAA